GUACCCAGAAAAUGCACAUCUCUCUUGUCUAUUGAAUUAAAAUAGAAAAAGAAUGUCUGUUGAGGUUGAAUACAGAUGCUUCGUGGGUGGGCUCGCAUGGGCUACCAACGAUAGAACCCUAGGAGAAGCUUUUUCUCAGUACGGCAAUGUGGUCGACUCCAAGAUUAUCAACGAUCGCGAAACAGGUAGAUCAAGAGGAUUUGGUUUUGUUACCUUUACUGAUGAGAAAUCCAUGAGGAACGCAAUUGAAGCAAUGAAUGGCCAGAACCUUGAUGGUCGUAACAUCACUGUUAAUGAAGCUCAAUCACGCGGAAGCGGCGGCGGCGGCGGUGGUUUCGGAGGUGGCCGACGGGGUGGUGGUGGUGGUGGUUUCGGAGGUGGUGGCGGAUACAAUGGCGGUGGUGGCGGCUACGGUCGACGUGAGGGUGGCAAUGGUGGUGGUUAUGGAGGUGGCCGUGACCGCGGAUAUGGUGGUGGUGGUGAUCGUUAUGGUGAUGGUGGAUCCCGCUACUCAAGAGGUGGUGGUGCAUCAGAAGGAAGCUGGAGGUGUUGUGGUUUCUUGCUAUUGACUCGUUAUGUUACUGUGAGGGAUAUGUGCAAGAACCCUAGGAGAAGCUUUUUCUCAGUACGGCAAUGUGGUCGACUCCAAGGUCCGUUUGUUGCACAGCAGAGAUCAGAUCCGAUACCAUUUUAUUUUGGCUUCGUUGAUCACCUCAUCUCUUUACUCUCUCUGUUACUAUGCUACUUUGUUACUCUCUCUAUGUUACUGUUACUAUUUGUUACUCUUACCCUUAUUCCAUUCCUUUAUACGAUUAUCAACGAUCGCGAAACAGGUAGAUCAAGAGGAUUUGGUUUUGUUACCUUUACUGAUGAGAAAUCCAUGAGGAACGCAAUUGAAGCAAUGAAUGGCCAGAACCUUGAUGGUCGUAACAUCACUGUUAAUGAAGCUCAAUCACGCGGAAGCGGCGGCGGCGGCGGUGGUUUCGGAGGUGGCCGACGGGGUGGUGGUGGUGGUGGUUUCGGAGGUGGUGGCGGAUACAAUGGCGGUGGUGGCGGCUACGGUCGACGUGAGGGUGGCAAUGGUGGUGGUUAUGGAGGUGGCCGUGACCGCGGAUAUGGUGGUGGUGGUGAUCGUUAUGGUGAUGGUGGAUCCCGCUACUCAAGAGGUGGUGGUGCAUCAGAAGGAAGCUGGAGGAAUUAGGUUAGAUAUAAUAAAAUUCUGAAAUUGGGUUUAAUAGUCUAAAAUAUGUCAUAGUUUUGGUUUGGAAACUAUGUUUCUGUGUUGGGUUUUUGUUAGUGUUGUGGUCUCUUGCUAUUGACUCGUUAUGUUACUGUGAGGGAUAUGUGCAAGGUUCAAUCAUCAAAGUUAUAAAUGAUCAACCCUUUUUCUA